AUGCGUAGGAUAAGAGGAAGGACUCUAGUGCUAUUUGAUCCGGAAAUUGAGAGAACCAUAACAAGGAUAGGGUUUGCUUAUUGUUCUUCAAGUCCAAGCUUUCCAAGAGAGGAAUUUCAUCAAGAAAGAGAAGAAGAGGAUCAAGGAAGCAUGGGAGCUAAUCCAAGAGUUGUUUUGAAGGAGUUGGGAACUCCCGGUACUUAUAGAUUCAAGGGUGGCAUAGCUCCACCAACAACACUGGCCAAUGACUUUGAGAUAAGGCCGGCAAUGAUAACAAUGAUUGAACUAAGGCUCAAACUGUUUCCAUUCUCUCUAAUUGGAAAAGCUUUAGAGUGGUUAGACAAGGAAGUGAAACCUAAUUCCUUGAGAACUUGGGAUGAGGUCACUAAGGAGUUUCUUUCCCGUUUAUACCCUCAAAAGAAGACUGUUGAGGCAAGAACUCUAAUCCAAAGUUUCAAGCAAAAGCCUAGUGAGAGUUUUUAUGAGGCUUGGGAAAGAUACAAGGAGUGUCAACGAGAAUGUCCUCACCAUGGAAUCCUGACUUACCAAAUCAUAGAAAUUUUCUAUGCAGGAUUGUGCCCCCAAGGGAAGUCAUGUCGUGAUGCUGGAGCAGGAGGUCCGAUCAUGAACAAGAGCGAGGAAGAGGUUGUAGUUAUAAUUGAGAAUGUAGUUUGUCACUACAUGGAUUGGAAAGAGGGAGAGAGAGAUUCUACAAACAAGAGUAGCUCAACGAUCUAUUCGGUUGAUCAUCUCAAUGCGAUCAAUAACUUGUCUUCCCAAGUCUCGAACUUGGGGAAGGAGAUGACAUUGAUCAAGGCCAAGCUGAAGUGUGACUCUUCGAUUGCACCAAGUCUUCCCUCCCACAUUAAGGGGAGAGGUACACCUUCUAACUCUACUCCUCUUUCUACUUCAAGUAAUAUGCCAAGUGGUUGUGUCUUUUGUGAUAGAUUUGAUGGUCCAAGGAAUUUUGGGAAUAACAAUGCUAACCAACAAGGUGGUUUUGAUAACAACAACAAUGGUGGUUAUAGGAACCAAGGAAAUCAUGGAGUUGAUCUUAAGAAACCCGUUUAUUCCAUCACCACAAGAAGUGGAAAAGUGCUAGAAGAGAGAGUUUCUAGGAUGAGUGAGGAGGAUGAGAAGAGGAGUGACUCAAGUGAGGAAAAUGAGAACGGGGUGUCAAGAAGUAUGAGCAAGGAGGAAGUUCAAGAGAAAAAGAUGAGUGAUGAGUCUAGCAAGAUGAGUGAUAGCUCUAAUGAGAAGAGUGUUGAGAAAGAGCGGAAGCAAUAUGAGGAUUUCAAACCAAUACUUUCAAAUCCCUAA